UACACAAUUUAUCAAAAUGAAAUCAAACAGUUAAACACCUGCGGAGCUGUGAGCUGGCGACAGGCCAGACAGACAGGCCAGACAGUUUAAGGAGGUAAAUGCAGGUAAAUGGCCGAAGCACCAGCGAAGUAUCAACUGCCGGGUGUUGACCAAAUGACUUAAGGUAAUAAGAUAAUUGAGGAAGGUAUUAUUACAUAAGCAAUGAAGAAAGGAAAAGGGUUGUUCAGACAAAGUAUCUUAUCUUCUCAGAAACGUAGCUUACAGAGUGACGUCUCACAUACAACAUUAGUAUAAAAGAGCAGGGCUUCCUCUUCUACAGGAUCGGACACGUUUAGUUCAGUCUGCACACUCUCUAGCGGUUGAUCUCUGUGUUGUAAACUCAGCAGUGUAAUCAUGUUGGCAUCACGGGCACACCUUGCUAAGCAGGCCGCAUCCAUGCUGGUGCGCCAACCCGCCUGCCUGAUGCAUCAUGGGGGAGACUGGGGCAACUGGGGCAACACCAACAUCGCUGUGGUUUUCUCAGGCUGCGGUUGGUGGGAUGGAACUGACAUCCAUGAGGCUGCGUACACCAUGUACCACUUGAGCCGUAAUGGAGCCCGUUUUCAGAUUUUUGCUCCAAACCAGCAGCAAAUGCACGUCAUGGACCACAUGAAGAUGCAGCCAUCAUCAAGUGAUAACAGGAACAUGAUGAUGGAGUCUGCACGAUUCAGCCACGGCCAGGGCAUGAUGCAGAUGAUCGAUCUGUCCAAACUGGACGUCAGCAGCUUUGACGCCGUCAUCUUCCCUGGAGGCCACGGAAUAGUCAAGAACCUGUCCACCUUCAGCAAAGACGGCAAAGACUGCAAGCUGAAUAAUGAUGUGGAAAGAAUUAUGAAGGAAUUCCACCGUGCUCGCAAGCCCAUUGGUCUGUCUAGCAUGGCUCCUCUCCUGGCGUGCCGAGUGCUGCCCAAUCUGGAAGUCACGAUGGGUUACGAGCGUGACGAGAGCAGCCGCUGGGGCCGCUGGCCCAACACCAACAUGGUGCAGGCGGUCAAGAGCAUGGGGGCCCGUCACAACACCCGUGAACCUUACGAGGCCUAUGUGGACGAGAAAAACAAGGUGAUCAGCACUCCAACCUUCAUGUGGGAGACUGACUAUCACUACCAUUACAUCUUCGAUGGCAUCGGGAACAUGGUCAAGCACGUCAUGCGUAUGACUGCCAAGUGAUUCCCGUGAGAUGCAAGCAAGAUACCAGAAGGCUUUCACACUUAACUUUAGGUUGACCCGAAUCCGCUAUUAUGUGGACAUACAGAGAGUAAAUAAAGAAAAGCAUAACAGUGCAACU